CUCCUACACUGUUGUUUGUGACAUAUUAACGAAGUUCAGCAACACCCUCGCGGUGAACUCAGUUUUUGCACGGUACCAGAUACGGCUAUGCAAAGAUAUUUAGAUUACGAAGCCCUGCACAGCUGCUGUCACAAAUGACAGUGUUUGUUUUUUUGCCAAUGUCCUUUAAUAAGUUUGACACAUGAGAGACGAGUAAUUAUUUGCGGCAAACUAAUAUGGAUUCAGCGCGUCACUCGCAAACGAUUUAAAAUCAUUAAAAUAUGCUUUAAUUUAAUUUUUAUGUGAUUAUUUCUGUAAAAGUGACCACAAGAAGAAGAUAUGGAGACCUUAUUGUGAAGGGAUUUUCUCAUAUAUUUUGACUCAGAUAAUAACAAUGAGCAAGAAUGGUUAAGAAAAUAUGAAGCAUGACACUUAACACGCGUGUUUUAGAAGAGGAUACCACAAGUGAAUAUUUUGGAGUGGAAGGGCUCAAAUAUUUUUUUAUUCCCAUUUUUUUUUCUUCAGACUGUAAUUGUACAUGGAAACGCAGAGUCUGCCACGGGCAAACUGGAAAGAGUAAAGUUAACAGCAAUAUAAAAGUUUUAGAAACAGUUGUUCUCUCCAGUAUAUUUGUUUUUGGCAAGUGAAUUGCAAUUAUGCCCCUGUGUUAGUGAACUGCAGUACCAUUCCAUAUCCCUUGUUCCGCUUUUAUCAACAACUGCACAUAGCAUGCCCAAUAUAUUAUAUAAACAAAAAACACUGCAUGAUAAACAAAUGUGCAUGGUUCAAAUAUCAGCAUUAAUUUGCCUGUGUGUGUUAAAUUCCAUUUACAAUUACUGGGAAAAGAAGUGAAAAAUUGGUGACACGGGGACCGUAAGAUAGCACAAGCUGAAACGUAAGAAAUCAUCAGCCCACCUGCCCUGACAUCUGAUAAACACUGCUUCAUAAUUUUGUAUUUGUUGUAAGACCUGAAUAUCCAGUUUUGUGUGCAUUGGUACAUUGAGUAUGUAACUUCAGUUGGAUAAUUAGUUGAAUCACAAAUUUUAAGUAUAUACAUAUAUUUUAUUUUAUUUAGACCUCAGGAACAUAAUAGAAUUCAUUGUUUUGGUGCAUUUCCUUUUUCUCUGAUUGUAAAAUUAUAUUUUAUCUUGCCAGGGGGAUUCUGGUAACUCUUAACUGUAUUAUUAAAUAUUCUUCAGAUUCGUUUCAUAUAUAGAAUUCAGAUAGUUGAUUGCAUACAUGCUUCCUUACAGCCUGUAAUUUACAUAUUAUAACAUUUCUCUCAACAGUGUUGUGUGAGGUCUGAUAACAAUAUGUAAGCAGGUAUCCUUGAAAUAUUUAUUCAGUAAUGGAAAUUUUGGGAUGUAACACAGACAAGCUGGAGGGCAGACCACCGUCCAAUUUAGACAAAGAUUUCAGCAAAGAAUGGGAGCAAAGCAACAAAAUUUAUUAAUUUGACAGUAAUAUCUUCUAUUUAGUGUGCUACUUCAUCAUUUCACUGAGGAAGGUGGUGCAUUACUUAAGGUUUGUGAUUCAAAUUUGGAAGGAAUAGGCAACCUAAUUUAUUUUUUCUUUUUAGUAUUUUUAGAUCUUGGAAUAAUGUCAGUAUAGUUUACUGUAUACAGGCAAAAUACUACCUGAGGUGGUGUACUGUUAAGAGACUGGACUUAAGUUUGGCAGAUGCAGGGUUCUAACUCCCAUCAGUCCUUAACCACUGUGAGCCACUUGUCCUGCGUAAUAGUAUGUGUGUUUGUAAAUAUUUCUGUAAUGCCUUGAGCAUGACCUAAACUGAUGUGUAGACUGGUCAAAGCAAAACAAAAAUUAAUUAAUUACAAUUAAGAUGGUGUAAUUUAUAUGUCAUAUAUAAAUUUAAACUCUGCUGCUAAAUUAAAUGUCAAAAUCAGCUAGUUAAAUUUAGGAAUUGGAUAUAAGUUUCAAAGUUGUACAAAUCGUUACUUAUGGUUUCCUGUAAGACUUGUUAUAAACAUUGCAUUUUGGGUAAACUAUUUUUUUCUCAGAAACUGUGUGUUCUGUAAUGCUGCUAAAUUGUGAUUCCUCCUUGUUGAGUGUCAGGGCAUUGCUACAAUUUAGCAGCAUUAAGGAGUGCAUAUUGUUUCAAAAAAGAAAGUUAAUUUUUUAUUUAUUAUUUUUUUUUUAUGUAGCGGUAAGUGAUGAUGACCAUACAUCUGAAACCAGUUGCUGUAGUAUUAAUUAGUUAUAACUAAGGAAGUGGUAGCAUAUUAUAUUGCUGUAAACCAGAAUAUUUCGAUAGUCAUGGCUAGCAACUCAGUCGUACUCAUAUUUAUAAAUGUAUGUGCAACAAUGGUGACUACUGCAUUCAGAUUCCUACAUUUCUUUCCCUCACUUUGACUCAUGUCUCCUAUUUCGUCAUGUACAUGAUGUGACUUUCCCUAUUUUGCACUGGGAUGAACUUGCUGGCGCCACCAUACUAUUCUGUUUCAGAACUUCCUCUUUAAUCUUAGCUGCAAGCUCAGUCUUGUUUAUGUUUCUGCCAACCAUUCAAAGCUUGGAUUAUGUGGUUAAUAUUUUUAUACUUUCUACUGUUUCUGUUUCACUGGCACGUUUGAGUACUGUAUUAAUAUAACAGUACACUAUAUUCAAAUGAGAGAGCAACAGGACAAGGAACACUAGGAGUCUGAAUGAAGCUAUCCAACUUGAUAAUGGUCUCAGACUAAUGGACAGUAAUUAAGAACUGGAUGGACAAGAAUUUUGAGCCUAAUGUUGAUCACGGAGACCAUGGAAAUGGUGAUCCGGAUGAAGAGUUUGACGAGAUGACAUUUGAAGAUUACAUUCCUUUUAAAGUGGAGGCUACAUAUGAUGAAGACAUUUCAGAACAGAAGGAUGACAGUACUGGUCAUGUAAAAGGAAAUGAAAUGGAAGCACAGGGAUAUUUUGUGCAGGAGAAUGCUGAGGGCAAGAAAGGGAGCAGUGGCGAACGCAACAGGUCUUUGCGGAGUAGAAGUCAUGCAGCAACUCGUCAGCAAUUACUUACACUCAAGAAAGAUGAUGCAGCUGUGAGUAAUAUUCGCCGACAAGCACCACAACGAAGUGCCCAGAAAUUUCCUGCAGAAGAUGUAACUGACAAAACAAGACCAUAUGGGUGUCCUGAUUGUGGAAAGGCAUUUGUGUCUUCAUCAAAAUUAACCAUACAUAGGAGAAUACAUACUGGUGAAAAGCCAUAUGCAUGCAUAGAAUGUGGCAAAACAUUUGUGUCUUCCUCGCAGCUGAGCGUUCACUUCAAAACUCACACUGGUGAGAAACCAUAUAAAUGCAUAGAGUGUGGCAAGCGUUUUAUUUCAUCAUCCCAGUUAACAGUUCACAUACGUUCACAUACUGGUGAGAAACCAUUUCCUUGUAAGUUGUGUGGUAAAGCAUUUGUUUCAUCAUCCCACUUGACUGUCCAUAUGCGGAUCCAUACCGGUGAAGAACCAUUUUCUUGUGCUCACUGUGGCCAGAAGUUUGCACGUUCCACAAGCUUGGUAGUACAUUUACGAAAGCACACGGGUGAAAAACCUUUUUCUUGUCAUGAAUGUGGGAAAACAUUUGUUACAUCAUCUCAUCUAACAGUCCACAGGAGAGUCCACACUGGAGAGAGACCAUUCUCGUGCGAACAAUGUGGAAAGGCAUUCUCUCAGUCAUCUCAACUAAAAUCUCAUUAUAGAAAACAUUCAGGUGAGAAACCUUUCAGCUGCAGCAUUUGUGGGAAACUAUUUGCCCAUUCAUCACAUCUAACAUCUCACAUUAGAGUGCAUUCAGGGGAAAGGCUUUUGUAUUGCCCUGUCUGCCAAAUGAAAUUCACAUCACAGUCUCACCUGGCACGGCAUCUUCCUUCUCAUUCAAGAGAUAGGCCAUUUAAAUGUGAAGUAUGUGGCAAGGGUUUCAAGCAUAAGUCUAAUAUGGCAAGGCAUGUUAUGAACCACUCAGUCCACGCUGAUUCUUUAUGGCAAGGUUUGUUGCCAGUUACAGAGACAAACCAGGACAUUCAAAACGACUGCGCACAUGUCAGUGAAUGUUCAGUAGACAGCUGAGUGCCACACAUGCAAAACAGUGUAUCAAACAAACGGUAAUUUGUGCAGAACUGAUAUAUUCCAGCAUCACAGUUAGAAAGUAUCUGUCAGUAAUCAUUUGCUGUCAGUGACAUCAUAAAUAGCUUAGUGAAACUCUGAAAAAUAAAACUCAGUAACGAAGGUUUUAUUUAUCUCCAGAGCGUAAUGAGCAUUGUUUUCAGGUUUUAUUAUUUGUAAGUACCUGUGCCUUUGUGUAUCUGUUUGUAAUGUAUUCUGAAUGAUUUGUUACUCAAGAGUUGAAAUUUGUGCACAAUGUAAAAAGUAUAAAAAUGAAUCCUUGAUUAAUUCCAUUUGAGAAGUGAAAAGAAGACUGUUAAAAAUAGAUGCAAUAAUAUGCUAUGGUAUUUAACUUGAGAUAAGUUUUGUGUCAUAAAUGUCAAAGAGCAUAUGUUUUUAUACAAUGUAACAUAUCAUUUGACUUUACAAACUGUAAGCAGUCAUGACUAUCCUUCUACUGACUGAUGUAUUACAUUUUCUGUAUCUAGUUUUAUGUGGUAGGUGUUGGUGGGAGAGGUAGUAAGUCUCAAGUGUAUUGAGCUUCCUAUAGGCAUUUAUAUUGAAAUACAUAAUAAUUUGAGAGGGAAACGUGUAAUAAUGAUUUAGAGAAGUAAAAACUAUUUCAACGAGCUAGGUGAAAUUCUUAUGAACUAUUUGUGGGAAAAAUUUUGUUGUUUUGGAAUAAUGCUAUAUUAUUAUUAUUAUUAUUAUUAUUAUUAUUAUUGAAGUUUUCUGUCACAAAAAAUAUGUGAUUUUAAUGCAGAGCUGAUAGGAACAAAAUACCAGUUAUCUUCACAAUCACAUACAUUAUUAAUGUUUUGUAUGAGGAAUUUUCUAAAUUAGGCCAUAAAGACCGUUUCUUACAAACUAUAAUAUUCAAGUGGUGAAAUCUGACAAGGUUCGUAGAGAGAAUAUCUCUCUCUUAUAUAGUAGUAAAAUUAAAUAUAUGUUAUGAAUGGUGGCCCUUUUUAGGAACUGUUUGGUAGGAUGUAAUAGCACACAGAAGGUAUGUGUUGGGGAGGGGGAAUAAUGGAACAGGAGUGUGUUACUUUUAACACAGACAUAGCAUAUAACAGUCAGUAGCCAUAUAAAAUGCCCUGGGCCUCCUCACCUUAUGAAACAGAGAAAUUGCAGUGAUGGGAAGAAAGAACAGAGAGGAUAUACACAAAUCAAACAAAACAUUAAGAGAUAAAACAUUAAUUUUCUGGAGUAUGUUGUUAAAAACUGCCAGGUUGAAAUACAAAAUAAAAAGUUUGUAAAAAUUAAGAUUAGGUUAAGGGAAAUAGCAAUAAUAUUGGGAAAUGGUGGUUGGCCAGUACUUAUUAUCUCACAGGAAUGCUGAUGCUUUUCACUAGAAAAUAAGACUGUGUACAGAGACUGGCAUUUCACUCAAAAAGCUCUAAUAAGAUAUAGUUAUAUAAAAAUGAAAAAGGGAACCUAUGACUAGUACAUGGAUGUGUGGCAUGGACAGUGUUUACUAGCUAUUGAGCAACCACUCUUUUUAGUUUAAAUACCACUUUUACAGACACACCCAAACACAUCCUCCUACAGCUAUGAUGAAAUAGUUGAUGUUGCUGCAACUGCAGGUGAAAGUCUUGGGUGUUGAAAGUGUGAACCAGAGAUGAGCAGUAGUCAAAAGCUGGAGGAAACGGAACCUGUGCUGUUAAAUUUUUAUGUUCCAUGCAUUAAUCUGAUACAAAUGGAUAGCUGCCUUGCUUUAUUUUUGUUUGUUGUCCCCAUACUGAAAUUCUUGUCGUCAUAAUUUGACGUUUGAAUUUGUGCAAGAAUUUGAAGGUUUGUAAUAAUUGAUUUCUAUCAGGAUCCAUCAGAUGCUUUGUGGAAACAUCUUAAUUUACAGUCACCACAUAGAAUAGUAGGAAAAAAUGAGGUUGUAAUAAAAUAUUAUUAUUUUAUAUAUGUAAAAAAAUCAGUGGGGAAGAAAAACUAUUGCAGUAAACAAGUACAUACCAAGUUUAAAUUGUAAUAGCUGGUAAAAUGAAGUGGGAAAUGUUACUCUGUACACAGACAUGUCAAAAAUGUGAACAUAACUUGGUCAACGUGACUCAUGUUUUCCUGAUAUAUUAGUGAUGUAUUGCAUUACAGAUAAAAAGAGAGCAAUAUAAGAGUUGUGACUUGUGAAGACUUUUUUUAGGAUAUUCACUAGAACUGUCAUUUCUCAGACAGUCAAAUGAUGUAGCAGUCAAUUUUCACACUAAAGAGUUAUAAUAAAAUUUUUGUUUUAUAA